AUGCAGAUGGGCAUGUCAAAAAAUGGUCCAGAUCGAAACCUGAUGAAGCAAACCAGACCCAAGUUACUGGGAUUAACGGGGUCGGCCCAAGAUACUGUCAUCAGUGGCUUUCUAAGCCGAUUGUUAGCAACCUUGUACGAAGGCAGUUUGGCUUGGGCUUACCUGGCUGAGCCUUUCGUUCCGGGUAAGUUUGGUCGAGUCUCGUUUUAUAUUACAGCGGAUAUGGUAGUUCAGGAUGUGAUUGGCACUUAUGUACCACAUGUUACUAGUCACUAUGAUUCAGGGUCAUAG